UUCGAAAAGGAUAUUAACAUAUCAUAAGUACCAACCAUGGCCAAGAACCAUAGACUCCUCAUCCUCCUUGUGGCUGCCUCUGUUGUGGCCUCUUCAGUCACCGCCACCUCGAGCGCCUCCCCCUCUUCAAGAGCAUACGAGCUGCUGGAGAAGUACGGCUUCCCGCGGGGAAUCCUCCCGGAGGGUGUUCAAGACUAUGCCCUACACCCAGACGGAUCCUUUGAGGUCUCCCUCCCCGGCGGCUGUGAGAUCAACGUCGGGGGAUUCACUCUCCGGUAUGAAGGAAAUGUGCAUGGCAACAUCCAGUCCAUGUUGAUUAACGCGCUAACAGGGGUGAGCGUCAAGGUUGCAUUCCAAUGGGUUAGCAUCAAUGCAGUUGAACGGCAUGGUGACCAGCUCAUCUUCAAUGCAGCUGUGAUAUCAAAAUCGUUUCCUGUUAACAACUUCUCCAGGAGCCCGCGCUGCAACCGAAUCCCCGCAAUUCCAAAGUAGAUUAAUGGGUUAGCAACAAAACAAUUGCUUCUUGAUUUUGUUAGAUCAACAUGCUCAAUUGUUACUUGAUUCUUGUGGGUUUGUCUAUUGUGACUUUUUAUGUGUAUUUUGCUUCAAAAUUGUUAUCAAUAAAAU